AUGUUCAUCCAGCAAAGUUCCGGAGCAGCUGCAGUUGUGGAAAUGUUGUUUCAGCGGCUCACACAGCAGCUUGGGAAACCCACAUACACCGUGUGGGGAUGGAUGGAAAAAAAGUUUCUGGAAACAAACGGAUUCCUGGAGGCGAGUGCCGUGAAGCUUUGUGAUAUCCAGCCCGGGAACGUGGUGCUGGAAUUGGGCUUCGGACGGGGUCUGGGGUUGCAGGAAGCUGCUCGGCGCCUCAUACACCCUGCGGGUAAACUGUACGGUCUGGUUAUCUCGGAGUACAUGUACAAUGUGGCAAGCGAGAAGUUGCGGGCAGAGUUACGAGCAGGCAAGGUGAAUCUGUUUGUGGGUAGCGUUUAUCAAAUCCCACUGGAAGAUCGCGUGGUUGUCAGAGAUUACCAUUGCAACUGUUAUUACUUCUGGCCCGACCUCCGAGCUGGUUGCAGGGAGAUCCGGACAGUGAUGAAGCCAGGUAAAACGUGGUAG